AUGUCGGGCGCGCUGGAGAAGCAAAUUCGCACUUCUCAGAAAUUUCUGGGAACGGUGCGGCACCUUCCGUCCUUUGCAGAAGCCAGAGAUAAGCAAGCGGACAGUCUAUGGAAGAAACUUAGCCGGACGCCUGUUCCAGUGGAAACGGCUGCAGCUUUGGUGGAUCUGUUGGAUUCCGCAAUUUGGGGUCCACAUGUGGAUACCUUGAAGUCAGCUGUGACUUUGGUGGAUGAUGGCAUGCAGCGCAAGAAUGUGCCAUUGCAAGAUUACUUGGCGCUUCCGCACUACUUGACGACUGGGUUGUGGAAGUCUUUGGCCGAAGAUUCUAAGAGUCUGGCGUUGGAAAAGUUGUGUAAGCAUUGCAGACAGCUGGGUUUGAGCAAUGCGUCCGAACUAACGCAGGCCAUGAUUCUCACGUUGGUGUUUGAUCUCGACGGGCACUUGUUGGGCACAGAGCAGUGGCAAGUGACGUUGCGUGAGAAGUCGAAUGUGCAGAAAUUUUUGAAGCAAGCCAUCCCGCCCAGUUCUAAGAAGCCAGAGGAUUGUUCUUCGGAUCAUCUGACACGUGCCUUUGGGACGGACUCGCCAGUGCCUUGUCAGAGGCCAUAUGAGCAUUUGCAGCAGCGGGCAAAGGACUGGCCCAUGCGCUCCACCCAUCGGUUCGCCCAGGGUGUUUCUGCAGCGAGUGGAUCGGUCCCUGCUCCUGCGAAGCGUGAGGACGCAGCCGACUUAUUUCAACAUAUGGGCAAUUUCGUUGCCGGUUUCUUGCACGGGCAGAAGCCUACCGAGGGUGUGUCACUUCCGGGAUUCCAGAUGACGAAUAAGAGCCCACAUUCGGUUGCACCGACGGUGCCAGUUUUGGCUUUGGAAGAUAAGAAAGAUGUGGAUAUGACUGCGGUGGUUGUUCCGGCGUCUGAGCCUCAAACGGAAGAGAAGAAAGUAGAGGCAAAUGCUACCGGUAAGGACGCUGUCACAGCAACCUUGGCGGCUUUGCGGGGCGACGUGAAAACACCGGACGAGAAGCCGAAGAAGUCUGUGAAGAAAGCCGGUUUGAAAAGGCCAGCUAGUUCAAAGGUCAUCAAGCAUCGACCAGCUGCCGCCUUGCGUCGUCCUGCAGCUGCCACUGUCGAGGGAGAGACCAGAGAUGCACGGCGUCUCCGGUUGAUUCAAGAACGGGUUCCAAAGGAACUACAAGUCAAAUUUCGGGGUCUUGCGCUCCUACGUGGAGCAAUCUCCCACGUGGAGAUGUCUAUUGCGUUGCCACCUCCUACGCGGAGGUUUUGCGCUCCUACGUGGAGCAAUCUCCUACGUGGAGAUGCCCUUUGCGUUGCCACCUCCUACGCGGAGGUAGAGCUCCUACGUGGAGCAAUCUCCUACGUGGAGAAGACUAUUGCUUUGCCACCUCCUACGCGGAGGGAGAGCCCCUACGUGGAGCUAUCUCCUACGUGGAGAUGUCCAUUGCUUUGCCACCUCCUACGCGGAGGUAGAGCUCCUACGUGGAGCUAUCUCCUACGUGGAGACGAUCAUUGCGUUGCCACCUCCUACGCGGAGGGAGAGCUUCUACGUGGAGCAAUCUCCUACGUGGAGAUGUCCAUUGCGUUGCCACCUCCUACGCGGAGGUCAGCAUGGCGCAUGGAGAGGGCAGCCGCAAGUCGCCUUUUUCGAUCCCCGCCGAAGCCGAGGGAUCCGACGCCUGAGUCGUCUGACGAGGAGUCUGUGCCACAAAGCCCGGCUGCCAGUAAGUCGGCCAGAGGCCGUUCCAAGAGCAGACGGGAGAGAAGCAGCAGAGGUGAUCACGGCCACAAAAAAUCGAACCGAGAUCCGAGCUACUCGUACAACAAGCGCUGCGAUGCCAGGAGAAGAAGAAGGGAAGACAGACAUGAGCGACGCAGGAGAACCCACCAGAGACGACGUGAGCGACGCGGCUCACGGGACAAGCGUCGCCGCAGUGACAGUUCUGAGAAGGACGCGGCAAAGCCAGUCGCCGCAGCCCCACAGGCGUCGCGGUCGCAGGCCCUGGAGCCGACUGGGAAGGCGGCCAAAGGCGGCACGAAGAAGUGUCCGCACUGCUGGAGCGAAAUCACUUCGCAGCCCAGCGGCCGCGCGCAGCAUCAGUGGUCAAACCGCACAUGCUUGCAAUGGCAGUUUUACAACCAAAUGGCUGCCGAUGUGAAAGAAAAAGACAGCGACUUGGCGUGGGUGAAGGCUGGGAAAGAUGCGGCAGCUUUGUAUGCGAAGCGGCGUUGGCUGCCGGCCCCAAGCCAUGCAUUUGACAUGGCUCCUCCGCCGCCUGUGAUUCCGAAGCCGCGCUCGGCGCCUGCGGUCUUACGGAGUCGUUCCAUGGUGAAGGCGGCUGCGCCGCAGGAUGAGACAGAAGAGAUUGUUGUCGAAGAGCCGCCGCCGCCCAGGCAGUCUCUGCCGCAGGGACCUACGGGGUCCACGCAACCCAAGAACUGCCCGAUGCAAUCCCAGGGCACCUCUGCGGCCAGUGGAUCUACGGGAUCCAGCGUCCCUGUGGCUCGAUUGCGUUCCUUGCGCGAUCAAAUACAAGCCCUCUUUGGCCUACCUGACACGAAUGCGUUGUGUGAAUGGACGCACUUGUACGAAGACGUGUCUGAAGUGUUGACGGCUGUAGAAGUCAAGUGUGCGCAGCGUCCGGGAGCAGAAGACGCGGAAGUGCAAAUUCUUCGGCUGAAAAGCCUUUUGAGUGUGGUCAUGCAAUGGCCGCGGUACUGGCAGCAUUGGGACGAUGACGAUUAUCUCAAGGUGCGUUGUGGCCGAUACGCGUUGGAACGCUGGACCCGCCAACCGGAGGAAGAAGAGACACUCUCCGCAGCGGAGAAGUACCGAGCAGUUGCUGACCACUUGCAGGCUAUGAGGAACAUCAGAGAGCUGCCUGAAGGAACUUGGAUCUACACUGCUUUGGCAGAGGUUCAGCGGCUGCAAGAGGCAGCAUGGGCAUGUGUGAGGCUCACGAGGGGACAGAUAGGAGUUUGGAUCUGCUUGUGUGAACGUUGCAACGUGGCCAUGGCGGAGCCUUCCGGAGUCGUGUCUGCGCAGUGCUGCUGCUGCUUGUGUGGCUUAUGGUACGAUGGUACCGCUGGUCGCCAACAUGGCCAGAAGUUCACAUGCCACCCAUGUGGCACAGCUGACCGGCAGCUGCGCCGAAACCUGGGCAGCAAAAGUGAAGUGGAGGAGUUGCCCCACGAAGAGCAAAUGCAGUUCUUCAGACGGCUCCAAGAAGAGAAAAAACAAGGAGGCAAAUAUCUGUCGUGGAAAACUAUCCGCGCUCAAUUGAUUGCAAUGGUGACCACCAGGCAUAUCACCUCGGCGUCCACAUCAGUGGAAACGGAAGAAUUGCCUUUGAGCGUCUGGACAACCCGAGGUUGGGAGAAGGACGUCGUGGAAAAUUGCCCGCGUGAGUGGUCUGAGGAACUGAAAACGUAUGUAUACAAAGUGCCUACGAAGAAGUCCCUCUGGCGAGAGACCCAUGAGCGGGUGAGCGAACGUAUCUUGCGCCAGGAGCGCGAAGCAGCCAAGACUAAAGGCAAAAAAGGCAAGCGGGUCGAGGGCGAAGAAGAGCUGGACUUGCCAGAGGCUGCAGCUGGGCCAGACGAAGGGAAGCAGACGAAGAAAGACGAGAAGUCAGCCGAAGUAGCCUUGCGCAAAGCUAAAGCGGGCAACGCGAAGAAGAACAUGCUUGCGUGCAACAAGGCAGUUGAUGUUCCGGAGGAGAUUGGAACUGCUGCUAAGCAUGCCUUGGAUUCACUACAGCGCUGGACAGCAGCUGCAAAGGCAAUGCUGCAGCAAGCUGAAAGCGACAGCGCGCAAGCAGGAGAGGUUGAGCUUCCUUCCCUGCCGUAUGAAUCAGCGGACGUGAAGACCUUGCAUCAGACGUGCGUGGAGGUUAUCAAAAACUUGAAAUCCCAUAUGCCUGUGCCCAAAGCAAAAAGGCAACGUCCAAGCGCAAAGAUGCCGCUGAUGGGAACGCCGCGGAUGGCGCCGCCGCUGACGAUGCUGCUCCAAAGGCUGCUCCAAAGAAGAGACUCCGCGGGAAAUCCUCGUGAAGCUGCUUUGCAUCAUGUUGAAGAACAUGAGAGGCCGUCUGCUUCCCGGACAUUCUCCACGCCCAACAUUCCCGUAGACUGCUGGCUCAAUCUAGAGAUGCCAAAAGGUAGCGCUCUGAAACACCUGGAAAGCUACCACAUUACCGGCGACAAACUUCGAUUGCACUAUAAGAAAAAAAAUGUAGGUCGAUUCUAUGACAUAGCUGAGCUGCUCAAGCAACCUCGCGCAACUGAGAACGCGCAUCCACGAGAUGCCCAAGUGGCCGGUGCAAAGGCUGGAGAGGCUCCGCGUGCCAGAGAAGCAACUGAAGGAAUCCAAGUGUCAUCCCAGGAGGAUGGCGGGCCUGUGGUCACUGCAUCUGCGUCCGUGCGUGACGGCACUACAAUCAAACUGCCAUGUAUGAGCUUACCGGCUUUGAUAGAAGCCAAGGCACAAGCUUGCCCAUUGUACAAGGAAUCUUUGCGAAGAGCGUGCCAGAAGCAGCGAGGGGAACUCACUCUCCUGUGCUAUGCUGACGAAGUAACUGGUGGCAACGUGCUAAGUGCACCUCAGUCGCGUAAGGCAAACGUAGUUUAUCUUAGCUGGCUCGAAUGUCCCUUGCUACACUUAGAGUCGCAAUGGCUCACGGCUAGCGUCUGUCGAAGUUCAGACAUUGCUAAGAUGCAAGGUGGCAUGGCAGGGCUUCUGACGGCCCUAUUGACAUCCUUCAAAGAAGAAUGUCAAAAUGGCUUUCCCAUUGCUUGGGGACCUGAAGACGUCGACCUCAUCCAGAUCAAGGAAGUCUUGCUGCUUGCUGACGCGGAAGCGAUUCGGAGCGCCAGUGGCUGCAAGGGGUCAGCAGGCAUCAAACCUUGUAUCCAUUGCUUGAAUGUCUGCGCGCUGGGCAAGGCGCCCGAAGCAGAGAGUCACGUCGAUAUAUCAUCAUGUGACGUGCCUAAAUUCUGGGCACAGACGUCUGAAAGCAUUGCAGCAGCAGCAGAUCUGUUACACAAUGCGCCGACCAUAUCCAAAAGGAAAGACUUGGAAAAGGUCUUGGGUUGGAAUUGGGAAAAUUUUCAAGCAGGUCCUCUGUUGGCACCUGAGCUGAGAGAGUGGGUAAAAAUCGAAAAUGUGCUGUACGACAGCAUGCAUAUCUUCUUCCACAAUGGGCAAAUUUCUCAGGUGUUGGGUCAAUGGUGGACUUUGAUGCAAGUAGAAGGCACCGUAACUCUGAAGGAGUUACAACGCUAUGCUGACAUGUGGUCACCCGUCGUUGGCAGUCCAGCUGCAAGUGGUCCCAAACCUGCCUCGUAUUUCUCAGAGAGGUUGUGGAAAAAAGAUGGCGACUUCAGAGGCGAUGCAGACGCGGCAGCCGCCACAUUAUCUCUAGUCGUGGCUUUCUGCGAAGAGAUUCUCGGCGCGCUGCCGCAUCUCCGACCCUACAUUGAGGCCUUGCAAUGCCUACAAGAAGUGAUAGGCUGUGUCUGGGCGUGCAAAAUUUGCCCCUCGCAAGCCUCAAACCUGUCGGUGCUGCAGCAAAAACACUUCCAAAAAUACAAAGAAGCAUGGACAGCUGCAGGCAUGCGACCGAAGUGGCACUACGGUUUGCAUUUGGAAAAGCAAAUCCUUCGAUGUGGCAUGUUGCUGGACACGUUCACGCUGGAAAGGAAACACAAAUUUUUCAAGAAAUUGACGACUGGAAACUGGGGCUUUGCACCGUGCUUUGCCGAAUCAGCGCUGUUGGAAUUAUCCACAGCAGAUCUGCAAGAAGGCCAUGAGCCGAAUUGGUUGGAUGCAGCUUUGCUCGGAUCCACCGGAAUUCAAAAUUUUCCAGGUCUCAGUAAUCCGUGUCAAACAAGCACAACUUUGAUCCUGAAAGGCGUGAAAUAUACACGAAAUCAAUAUGUCAUCCUGUCUCCAACGUGCGCUUGCCAAGUGCAAGCCGCAGUGCAAACAGCUGACACGAACUUUUUUCUUCUUGUGGAGAUGCUGAAACCCAUUCAAUUAACUCCCAAGUACCGGACUCGAUGGCAAAGACAAAAAGUCAACGCGCUGGUGAAAUCCGAAGACUUGAACAAAUCCAUUCGAGUCAUGUACUAUAGAAUAGAAGAUGACCGCACCGUGUCUCUGCUGUCUUAG